AUGAUAUAUCAGCACAUGAUGACUAAUCGGGAUGAUUGUGUACAUUUGUUGUUUCGCGCUGUAAUUCAGUUGGUGUCCGUUCGAGUCGAUGGCAACAAACGACCAAUCGCCGAUUUGAUGGUCAAUCGUCCCGACUUUCUUACCAGAGCUCGUCACCAAUAUCACGGGUCGCGAAAUCGCUCACCUUUCCUACCUCGGCCCAUUUCUUGGUUACGGGAUUCCAUCCCUAUCGCGAGCAGAUUUUUUGGUGUAACAGAAGCUCCAAAAGAUGGAGUCAAUAUGAUGUAUGAAAGCUAUCGGCGACGGUUCGAGACUACUAGAUCUCUAAUGCACCAAAUUAUUCAUCAAUUGGUUGCAAAUGCAUCAUCUCGUGGACGUUGUCUUGACUACUUUGCGGCAGCGGACUUUGCCACACUUGCUUCACACACUUACGUUGUAAAUCUGAUGUGUGUGCUGUUUGAACUGUCGUCGAAAAUAGAUUUGUCCAAGGUAAAUCAGAUGUAUCCGUUCCAAAAGAAUACUCGUGUGGAUAUUGUGGAAAAAACUCGCCUCAAAGUGGAUCUUCAGGGAGCCAAAGAGUUCGCAGAGAAAAUAACUACUACCGGUGAGGACAAGUUCACGACGGAAUGUUUUUUCCUCACUAUGCAGUUCGAAAACAUCUGCCUCCAACCUGCAGUGAACCGUUUGCGUAGUCUUCGGAGACAUAUUGCUGAUGUUCGCGAACAGAUUCGGGAACUGCAAGAACAACUAUCACGUCUGCCAGAUGGACUGUUUUCCGAACAUGAGAAGAAUAGAAUUAACCACAAAAUUAAAGCACGCACUGAACAGAAACUGUCUUUCACGCAUACGGCGAUGUGUUACGAAUGCAUGCUGUCGGAUCCGUCGUUUAUCAGUCUUGCACUGGAUUUCUCUAGUAAACAACUACAGCUUCUUCUGAACGCUAUUGCGCCAAAUUUCCGUUAUGAGAGUGAGUUACCUGCCGCCGCUCCGCCGCUUUUCGCCGCUUAUCCAGAGUUCUACUUAGAUGACGUGCUGGAUCUGGUGACAUUUGCGUUGAAACACACUGCUCCCCUUCUUGUUGGUCGAAAUAAUGAUUGGCCAAACCACUUGUUGGUCUUCAUCUGUUGCACUCACUACUUCAACAAUCCCUUUUUGGCUGCUAAGUUUUACUCCGACGCUGAGGCUGGUACCGAUUUCUAUGAAAAGUUCAGUAUCCGACGGAACAUUCAAGUGAUUUUCCAGUGUCUAUGGAACGAAACCUAUUACCGGUCUAUCAUGAUCCAGCUUGCUAGGUGA